UUCUCCCUCUCUUACUAAGAAGCAACUGAAACGACUACUCCUUUCCCCUUCAGCUUCCUCCAUUCUUUUAACAGAAAUGAGGCAUCCACCAGCUCACCUUCUGAAGAAAAUAAACAUGUAUAUUAUGAAUUGCUUCAUGGUCAUGUUUGUUAGCUGUGUAAUUGUUGGAGUGAACCUUGAUUCUCCAAACCUACCUUCAUUAAUCACACUUCCACUUGAGGGCCAUUUCAACUUUCAUGAAGUCCAGCAUGCAGCCCGAGAUUUUGGCAAUAGGUAUCAGUUACUUCCUGUGGCAGUGAUGCAUCCAAAAACUGUUUCGGACAUAGCCACCUUAAUCAAGCAUAUCUGGGAUAAUGGUCCUCGUUCAGACCUCACAGUUGCAGCUAGAGGCCAUGGUCACUCACUGGCGGGCCAGUCCCAAGCCCACAGAGGAGUUGUCGUCAAUAUGGAAUCACUUAAGCAGCAAGAAAUACAUGUUUACACUGGAGAAGUUCCAUAUGCAGAUGUCUCUGGCGGUGAGUUGUGGAUAGACAUCCUGCAUGAAACCCUGAAAUAUGGGUUAGCACCAAGAUCAUGGACAGACUACCUAUAUCUAACUGUUGGUGGUACUCUGUCUAAUGCUGGGAUCAGCGGGCAGGCAUUCCGACAUGGCCCCCAGAUCAGCAAUGUCCGCCAACUGGAAGUUGUUACAGGAAGAGGAGAGACUGUCAAAUGUUCAGAGAAUCAGAAUGAUGACCUAUUUCAUGGUGUUCUUGGAGGACUUGGUCAGUUUGGCAUCAUAACCCACGCAAGUAUAUUGUUGGAAGCAGCACCUGAAAGGGUAAAAUGGGUUAGAGUGUUGUAUUCAGAUUUCACAGCAUUUACUCGAGAUCAGGAGCAUCUAAUAUCUGCCGAAAAUACAUUUAACUAUAUCGAAGGAUUUGUGAUAAUAAACCGGACUGGUGUGCUAAACAACUGGAGAUUAUCAUUCAGUCCAAAAGACCCAGUUGAGGCAAACGAGUUCAAGUCAGAUGGAAGAACUCUAUUCUGCUUAGAAAUGGCCAAAUACUUCAACCUGGACAAGACUGAGAUAAUGAAUCAGGAAGUCGACAUGUUAUUGUCUGAAUUGAGCUACAUCUCUUCCACGCUAUUUGCAUCAGAAGUUACAUACACAGAGUUCUUGGACAGGGUACAUGUAUCUGAGAUGGUACUACGCUCAAUAGAUAAGUGGGACGUUCCACACCCAUGGCUCAAUCUUUUUAUACCAAAGAGCAAAAUACAUGAUUUUGCUCAAGGAGUGUUCGGCGAUAUCCUCACAGAAACAAGCAACGGCCCAGUCCUCAUCUAUCCAGUUACCAGAUCAAAGUGGGACAACAGAACUUCUGUGGUUUUACCGGAGGGACAAAUUUUUUACCUGGUGGCAUUCCUUGCCUCUGCAGUUCCCUCUUCAACAGGAAUUGAUGGGUUAGAACACAUCUUAGUCCAGAACAAAAGAAUUCUAGAAUUCUGUGAAUCAGCCAAUCUUGGGGUCAAGCAAUAUCUACCUCAUUACACCAAACAAGAAGAGUGGCAGGUCCACUUUGGUCCACACUGGGAGAAAUUUGUGCAAAGAAAAUCUACUUAUGACCCUUUGGCAAUACUUGCUCCAGGGCAAAGAAUAUUUCAAAAGGCAAAAUCCCACUCAUCAGUCGCCAUCUAGUACUAAAUAAGAGGUUCUUAUUGCAUGUAGGAAAUUUGCCUUAACCUAACACGCAUGAGCCUUCUAUAGUACCAUCACAAGGAGGCCAAGGGCGCUAGAGAGGGUAAUUUUUUUCCAGAGUUGUAAUAGGGACUGGAAAACCGUUAGCCC